CGUUUGACACAUCAUUUCAAAGGCCGGGUUUGUUUGAUUCGGAUUUUUUGGUAGCGAAGAAAAUUUUUUCCAUACAUUUUUCAUUCGAAAUUUUCUCAAUAAAAUAAUCAAUUAAUUUAUUAAAAUAAAUAUGCUGCUCCUGCGGACGGUAUUCAUUUUCACUCUGGUCGUAAUUGCUUGUUUAGUAAUUACAGAUGCUCAGAGUAAACAAAAGGGCGGACUUACCAUCUCGGAGAAGGUACAAAAUCUCCUUGACAUGAACAUGAAAAAGUCCCUGCUUCGAUUCAAUGGACAAAAAUUCCGUGACUAUGUUAAGCAAUCGCCCCGCAACUAUUCUGUGAUAGUGAUGCUCACAGCAUUGGCACCCUCCCGACAGUGUCAGAUCUGUCGACAUGCUCACGAUGAAUUCAACAUUGUAGCCAAUUCCUAUCGCUACUCACCAAUCUACUCGAACAAACUCUUCUUCGCGAUGGUGGACUUUGACGAUGGUUCCGAUGUAUUCCAAAUGCUUCGUCUCAACACUGCCCCAGUGUUUAUGCAUUUCCCGGCAAAGGGUAAGGUUAAGGGUGCCGAUACCAUGGACAUCCAUCGAGUUGGAUUCGCAGCUGAAUCAAUUGCCAAAUUUGUACAUGAACGGACAGACAUUCAGAUUCGUGUAUUCCGACCACCAAAUUAUUCUGGAACUGUUGCUGUGAUUACUUUGGCUGCUUUGUUGGGUGCUUUCUUAUAUUUGCGUCGUAAUAAUUUGGAAUUCUUGUAUAAUAAGCAGCUGUGGGGAUCGAUUGCUGUAUUGUUUUGCUUUGCUAUGAUCUCGGGACAAAUGUGGAAUCAUAUUCGUAGUCCACCUUUGGUUCAUAAGAGUCAAAAUGGUGGAGUUGCAUAUAUUCAUGGAUCGUCACAAGGGCAGUUGGUCAUUGAGACUUAUAUUGUAAUGUUCCUUAAUGCUAUGAUUGUCCUUGGAAUGAUUCUUCUUACUGAAUCUGGUUGGCAGAGUGACAUGCGUAAAGGACGUAUUAUGGCAAUUGCUGGGUUAAUUCUUGUAGCAGUAUUCUUUUCAUUUUUGCUCUCAGUUUUCAGAUCAAAAGCACAAGGUUAUCCUUAUAGCUUCCUUUUCAAAUAAAGUGAGAUCUCUGAUGUGUAUAUGAUUUCCUAUAAUUCUAACAUAUAAGGAAA